UCGCUAAAACUACUCAGAAAAGGAGGACCUUACUCAGGAAUGAUGUCCAUUCAGCAGAAAUCAAAAGAAAACUCCUCUAAAAUUAUUAAGAAAAGUGAAGAUAAAAAUCUAGAAACACAAAUUCAAGGUUCUCAAAACAAUGUAGCAAAAAAAUUAGGUCCAAAGGAAACUAUAAAAUCACUGAUCAAAUCUUCCAAUGAAAAUAAAGUAAAUCAGCCUGAAUCAGGCACACGCAUGAGUACAAGGUCAACAAAGGCAGCAGCGUCCAAUGAUAAAAAAGCUGCUAACUCCAUCGAUAAAAGUAUGGUGAGUAUGAAAGGACAUUCACAAGAAACUGCAAAAAAGAAGAAAUUAUCUCAGAAAAAAUCAGUGCACGAAUCCUUGAAAUCAAAUGAUCAGUUUAACCGGAGAUCACAAAGACUACAACAACUGACAGAAAUUUCAACAAGAUCUUUGCGCAGCAGAGCAAUUCAGGGUCAAGUUCAAGGCGCUAAACAGAGUUUGCUACCAACAAGAAAAGAUAAAAAUGCUCAAAUUAAAUCUAGUAAAGUUAAAACAAAUCAAAAACAUGUAAAAAGAAAAAUAUUGGAAAUAAGAUCUGACUCUAAAGAGGAUACAAAUUCUGUAGUUAAUGAAGUAGUAAAUUCCCCUAAAGGAAAAAAACGCAAAGUAGAUCAUCAGACAGCUCGUACUUGUAAUUCUCAGUGCGUUGAAGGAUCUGAAAAGUGUGUCCAGAAGACUACUAGAAAAGAGGAAACAAAGCCUGUGCCUGCAACUUCUUCUGAGGUAAAAAGGUCAAAAAUAACUACUUUAGUGGACUCUAAAAAGAAUGAGAAAAUGAAGAAGUCAGUUCAUACACAAGUUAAUAUUAGUGCAAAACCCCAAAAAAGUCCACAGCCAUCAGUGCCUGAACAAAAUGUAGAUAAUGAGCUGGAACAAGCAGGAAAGAACAAACGAGGUAGCAUUCUCCAGCUCUGUGAAGAAAUCGCUGGUGAAAUUGAGUCAGAUACUGUAGAGGUAAAAAGAGAGUCUUCACAAUUGGAAAGUGCAAAGGAGGAGAAGCCUACUGAAAUAAAAUUGGAAGAGACUGAUGUUGAGCGACAAAUACUUCACCAGAAGGAAACGAAUCAGGAUGGUCAAUGUAAUCGUUUCUUCCCCAGCAGAAAAACAAAACCAGUGAAGUGUAUACUAAAUGGAAUAAAUAGUUCAACAAAGAAGAACUCCAAUUGGACUAAAAUUAAACUGUCAAAAUUCAACUCUGUGCAGCAAAAUAAGUUAGUGGACUCUCAAGUUUCCCCUAAAUUGUGUUCAUUACGAACUAGUUUCUUGCCUCCAACUUUAGAAAUGCAUCAUCCUGUGACUCAGAGUUCAUUUUUAGGGACAAAACAAAAUGAUGAUAAAAACAUAGCUUGCCAGCAGGAAAAAAUCAAAGAAGUUAAUUCGGAAGAAGUUAAAAGUAAUAAUAUAGUAGAAAUUAAUAGGACUACAGAAAGGGCUCCUAAAAAUUGUCAUAUGGAUAAUCAGAUUAAACCUCUUACUGAACCAUCAUUAUUGGAUAAUCAGAUGAAACCGUUUCUCCCAUCAACACCAGAUAAGAAUUUUAGUUUGUGUUUGGAAUCCAAGAUUGAAAAUACUCCAGUGGAAAAUACCACUGCUGAUUCAACUCUGCUUAAUCAAGCAAAAAUUGAUACAGGAGAGAGUAAAUAUCCAGACUCAGCUCCCAAACAGCACAGUAUACUAAAUAACCAAACAUCUAGAAACAGUGAUAACAGGGAGACACCAAAUAAUCUUUUGCCUAAGUGCAAUUCUCAUUUGGAAUUAAAAAUUCCAAAGGAUUUAAAACUAAAAGAAGCAGAGAAAGCUGAUGAAAAACAGUUGAUAAUAGAUGCAGGACAGAAACGAUUUGGAGCCGUUUCCUGUAAUGUUUGUGGAAUGCUUUACACAGCUUCAAAUCCAGAAGAUGAAACACAGCAUUUACUCUUUCACAACCAGUUCAUAAGUGCUGUAAAAUAUGUGGGCUGGAAAAAAGAAAGGAUUCUGGAUGAGUACCCUGAUGGCAAGAUAAUAAUGGUUCUUCCUGAAGACCCGAAGUAUGCCCUGAAAAAGGUUGAUGAAAUUAGAGAGAUGGUUGAUAAUGAUUUAGGUUUCCAACAGGCUCCACUAAUGUGCUAUUCCAGAACAAAAACACUUCUCUUUAUUUCUAAUGACAAAAAAGUAGUUGGCUGCCUGAUCGCAGAACAUAUCCAGUGGGGCUACAGAGUUAUAGAAGAGAAACUUCCAGUUAUUGGAACAGAAGAAGAAAAAGUUAGAUUUGAAAGGCAAAAAGCCUGGUGCUGCUCAACAUUGCCGGAGCCUGCUAUCUGUGGGAUCAGUCGAAUAUGGGUAUUCAGCAUGAUGCGGCGGAAGAGAAUUGCUUCUCGCAUGAUUGAAUGCUUAAGGAGUAACUUUAUUUAUGGCUCAUAUUUGAGUAAAGAAGAAAUUGCUUUCUCAGAUCCUACUCCUGAUGGAAAACUGUUUGCAACACAGUACUGUGGCACUGGUCAGUUUCUGGUAUAUAAUUUUAUUAAUGGACAGAAUAGCACCUAA